AUGGCUUCGAACAAAGCUAAAGGGAUUUUAUGAGUCAUAGGAGGACUGAUCUUGCACAUUGUAUUCGGUUGACUCUACUUAUGGGGUAACAUCCAGGUGUAUGUCACUUCUUAUCUCUAUAAGUACGAUACAAGCAUUACUCUAGAUGAUACUAGCACAGUUUUCAUCCUCCAAAAUGCAUUUAAAGUGAUAUGAGUACCUUUAGCAACAUUUUUGAUUGAUUUCAUACCUCCAUGGAGCACAUCUCUUAUUGGAGGCGUGAUUUCAAUGGGAGGUGUGUUUGCAUCAACAUAUGCGACUAAUCUGUAUUUGUUCAUAUUUUUAUAUCCAAUUCUUUUUGGAAUCGGCACAGGAUUUUGAUACAUGAUCCCUAUAAUGUGAGGAUGGGAAUACUUUCCAGAAUGGAAAGGCACAGUCAGUGGAAUUAUACUUUCAGGAUAUGGAUGCGGAUCAUUCAUAUUCAGCUUCAUAUCUAUUGGCAUAGCCAAUCCAGAUGAGGAGCAAGCUGAUUAUCCUAUUCCUGGAGGAAAUAUAUUCAACCCUGAAAGUCCUGUUUCUUCAAGAGCUCCAGCAAUGUUGAGAAUUAUCUGAGCUAUCUGGUGAUGAUUCAUCAUUGCAGGAAUGUUUUUAGUAUCAAGAAAGACCAAUCCAGCUUUGGUCCAGCCUUUACCAAAAACAUCUCGGUUACAUACAAGACAAGAUUUCUUUCAAAAUGAAACAAUCAAUAGCCAUCUUUCUAUUCCAGGAGCUAGCAUUACAGUUGAGCCUGAACUUUCUGAAGUAUUCAAAGAGUACAGAGUAUAUUAUAUCUGGCUAAUGCUAAUCUUCUCCUCGAGCUACCCUCUUUACCUAGCUGGGUCCUUUAAAACCUUUGAACAGAUUGACCUUCACGACGACAGGUUCAUCACUCUUGUAGGUUCUCUCGGAGCUAUCGCCAAUGGACUUUCCAGAUGGUUCUGGGCAACACUCCAAGAUUUUUUUGGGUUUAAAAAGAUUUUUGCAUUACUUAUGAUUUUUGAAAUAAUAGUAGCAUUCACAUUUGUAUCAAUCCACAGGAUAAAAAUACUGUACUUAAUCUGGGUGUUCAUCUCCUUCUCAAGUCUGGGAGGGUAUGCCUCUACAGCUCCGACUCUUUGAGCUAAGAUAUAUGGACCUAUCUCUGGAGGUAAGACCUACACCAUAAUCUUUUCUGCUUAUGCUGUUUCACCCAUGAUUGGAUGGGGACUAUCUAAAAUGAAAACUAAAGGAGUUCUUGAAUACAGUACUUUAUUCUAUAUUCUUGGAAUAAUGCCGAUCAUUUCUUUAAUAAUGACAAUCUUCCUGAACGACUCAACUAUGGUAAAGAAUGCUUCUUGCUUAAAUAUAAAGAAUGAGCAAAAUAUGAGAAAGGGACUUUUAAAAUAAUCUUGUUCAUAA